CGUUUGUGGGCUUCUGGGCGAGAGCUAGUUCUAAGCAGCGGCGCCCCCGCCGAGCACCCUAGUUUUGAAACUCGCCUGGUCAAUGGCUGGGAGAUUAUGGGCGUCAGUCCUGCCCAGCAUUCAUUUUGUGUUUCGGGCUUGGUUGUUUUCUUGGAUGGAGUCGAGGGUGAUGGGACCCUCGCGCUCUAUUAAUUUGCUUCAGGGUCAUUCCUCCGAGGAUUUCUCUCUUUCCCUCGCUCUUAUUACUCCUUCAACGCCUUCUCUUCUUUCUCAUGACUUUAUUCUAACAAUCUUUAUUAACUACCCACGCUCGUUUAUCUUCGGUCUAUAGUACCGCUAUCGCUCCUUCAGUUUCGAAAUUCAGGGUCUUUCCGGGGGAAAGCCCUAUUAUACAAUCGUUCACCUAUUCCACCUCGAAAUUUAAAACACCAUUUGUGGCGUAGAACCGCUCAGUAGUAUACAAGAUGGUCCCCGCAUACGGUCGCAUUCUCGCUGCGGUUUGCGCUCUCGCAACUACCGCCAACGCUGUCGUCCCCGUUGAAGUCAAGGGAAAGGACUUUGUCAACAGCAAGACGGGUGAUCGUUUCCAGGUUCUCGGUGUUGAUUACCAGCCCGGUGGUACUUCCGCCGUCAACGGCAAAAGCGACCCUCUCAGUGAUCGCGAUGAGUGUCUACGUGAUGCCGCGCUUAUGCAGCGACUGGGUGUGAACACCAUCCGUAUCUACAACUUGUCGCCUGACCUCGACCACGACGAGUGUGUCUCCAUCUUCAAUGCCGCUGGUAUCUACAUGAUCCUCGACGUCAACUCGCCUCUGUACCCCGGUUAUAUCGACCGCACUGCUCCUUGGGAGACCUACAACAAGGACUACUACACCCAGGUCUUCGGUAUCAUUGAGGCGUUCAAGGACUACCCCAACACUCUUGCUUUCUUCGCCGGAAACGAGGUUAUCAACGAGGACAGUGUUAAGCAAGUACCUCAGUACAUUCGUGCGGUCCAACGUGACAUGAAGGAAUAUAUCGAAAACCACCUUGACCGUGCGAUCCCCGUCGGUUACUCCGCUGCUGAUGUUCGGCCCAUCCUUGAGGAUACUCUCAACUACUUCAUGUGCGAGGAUGAGGAUUCCCCCAAGUCGCACUCCGACUUCUUCGGCCUCAACUCCUACUCCUGGUGCGGAGAUUCCAGCUACAAGAAAUCCGGAUACGAUGUCCUCACCGACAUGGUUAGCGAUGCCACUAUUCCUGUCUUCUUCUCUGAGUACGGCUGCAACGAGGUUCAGCCUCGUGAGUUCACCGAAGUCGCCACCAUCUACGGCGAGGAAAUGUCCCAGUCUUUCUCCGGCGGUCUCGUCUACGAGUACACCCAGGAAGACAACGACUACGGUCUCGUCAAGCUCAACGACAACGACACCGCCUCCUUGCUUGUCGACUUUGAGAAUCUGCAGAAGCAGUACGCUAAGCUCGACAUGGAGCGCAUCAGCGCCUCCAACUCCAGCCAGACCAACGUCAAGCCCGUCACCUGCAGCUCCGACCUCAUCAAGAACGGUACAUUCAGCAGCAACUUCACCCUCCCCGCCAAGCCCCCAGGUGUCCAGAAGCUCAUCGACAACGGCUACGACAAGGUCAAGGCCGGUAAGAUCGUCGAUGUUGAGGAUGAGGACGUCAAGCAGACUAUCUAUGACCACACCGGUGAGAAGGUGACCGGUCUCAAGCUGAAGGUUCUGGCCUCCGGCGAGUCCAACGAACCCGGCAGCUCUGGCUCUAGCUCCAGCUCUGGCUCUGGUUCCGAUGACGAUGACAACGCCGCUGGGAUCGUCGCUGUGCCUGUCGGCCUGGCUACUAUUGCCGCAACCCUGUUUGCUCUGGUAAUGCUGUAAAGAUAUUGACCGCUUACUAAAGAAUUCCGCUUUACUCUCAUCCACAGUCCACUUUUCCUCUUUUAUUAACUAACUGUAUGUAUUUGAUUCUGAAAAGAUGUUCCGCUUCGUCAGUGUUUAUAAGUCCUUUUCUCAGGUAUAUUUUUCUUCAGCAUAGAUAGGAAUAGGUUUAUCCAUGACUUUUAAGAUCUUUAUCUUCAAUGGUUCUAAAAUAAAACGCCUCCAUGA